CAAUUAUCAAAAUGCAUUUAUUGAAUCCAGUAGUGGUCACGUGAUGUAUGCGUAAUGUUUCUCUAAAAGUUGAUGAUUGUAUUUAUGUUGGGCGGUUUCGUGAUUAAUUGAGUUGGUCGUGAGGAUUUUAGGAGUUCUUUGAUAAUUGAGAGGACCAGAGGCUAAGGUCCUCUACAUCGUGGGGCAAGAUGGUGACACAAGGACACAGGUUGUGUCUCCUGGUAACGGCCGUCUGCAUCGGCUUUACAUCAGCUCUAAUUCAGUCGCCGCCCCGAAUAGUGAAACAGCCGCCAACAGAUGAGUUGUUGUUCCAAGUCGCCACCCAGCAGAACGAGAACGACAAACCGUUCAUCAUUGAAUGUGAGGCGGAGGGUGAACCCGCUCCCAAAUAUCGCUGGAUAAAAAACGGAAAAAACUUUGACUGGCAAGCCUACGAUGACAGGAUAUCCCAGCAGCCCGGUAGGGGGACCUUGGUCAUCACCUCUCCUAGAGACGAGGAUCUUGGUCAAUACCAGUGCUUUGCUACGAACGAGUGGGGCACGGCCACCUCCAACUCGGUGUUUGUGCGGAAGGCAGAGCUGAACUCAUUCAAAGAUGAUGUCCCCAUGACCCUAACGGCAGAGGAGGGCAGUCCCUUCAAGUUGACCUGUCAACCUCCGGACGGCUGGCCCAAACCUAAUGUCUAUUGGCUGAUACAGAACGCGGACGGAGGUAUCAAGAGUAUCAACAAUUCCCGGAUGACUCUGGAUCCGGAGGGUAACCUCUGGUUCUCGAACGUAACUAGGAAUGAUGCCAGUGAGGAGUGGUACUACGCUUGCGCUGCCACUUCCGUAUUCAGGAAUGAGUACAAGUUGGGAAACCGGGUGUUGCUGAAUGUCGUAGCUGCUGGUAUCUCUGCAGCACAGAACCGCCAUGAACCGGUCCAGCAGUACUGUACCAGAAAGAAUGAAGUGGCUCUCCGAGGCAAGAAGGUGGAACUCUAUUGUAUAUUCGGCGGAACGCCGUUGCCACAGACUGUGUGGAGUAAAGACGGGCGGCCGGUACAGUCAUCGGACCGGGUGACACAAGGCAAUUACGGCAAAAGUUUGAUCAUCAAACAUGUCAACUUUGAGGAUGAGGGUGCCUACACGUGUGAGGUCAGCAAUGGUGUGGGAGAGGCUAAGACCUACUCCAUCAACCUCAAGGUUUGGGCCACUCCGUACUUCACAGUGGAGCCAGAGAUCAUCAACGAGGCCGAGGACGAGACGGUGGAGUUCAAGUGUGCAGCGUCCGGAGUGCCUGAGCCAGAAAUCAAGUGGAUACACAACGGCAAGCCCAUCUCAGAGGCGCCCCCUAACCCUCGUCGUAAGGUAACGCCGAAUUCAAUAGUGAUCGAGAAGCUAGAGAAGACUGACACGGGCAACUACGGAUGUAACGCCACCAACAGUCUGGGAUACGUCUACAAGGAUGUCUACCUCAAUGUUCUCAUGCUGGCCCCCGAGAUCACGGAGCCACCUCAGGAUCUGGCUACUGUGGACGGGCGGACUGUCACCCUCAAGUGUCGGGUGUUUGGAGCUCCCAAACCGCAGGUUAAGUGGGUCCGCAGCUCGCUCGAACUCACCGGUGGCAGAUAUAACAUACUUGAGUCCGGCGACCUCGAGAUAAGAGAUGUCAGUUUCCUGGACGCAGGUCACUACACUUGCCACGCCUCCAACAAGCUGGGCGCUGCUGACGCCUCAGGCACUUUGGUCGUCAAAGAGCACACAAGGAUCACGGACGAACCUGAGGACUACGAAGUGCCAGCCGGGUCUACGGCUACUUUCCGCUGUAAUGCCGUAUCCGAUGCCUCACUGGAACUGAGCAUUGACUGGAUGAACAACGGAGAGCUGAUCGACUUUGACAGUGAACCUCGAUUUGUACGAUCCAACGACUACUCGUUGACCAUCACCAAGACAACAGAACUGGACUCGGGAACCUACUCUUGCGUUGCGUCCACGGAGCUCGAUAAGGCUCAGGCUCAGGCUACUCUCAUUGUACAAGAUGUACCCAAUGCGCCGCGCUUGACCGGAGUGGUAUGCAACAAGCGCGACGCCUCCCUCUCUUGGAAGCCAAUGGGAGACAACCGUGCACCUGUUCUCAGAUUCACCAUCCAGUACAACACAACAUUCACUCCCGACGUGUGGGAGGUGGCCUUCGACUCCGUUCCUGCGUCUGACCUCACAUAUACGGUUGCAAUGAGUCCCUGGGCCAACUACACUUUCCGAGUGCUUGCCAUCAACAAGAUCGGACCGUCGUCACCCUCUGGUCACAGCAAGGUGUGCACCACCCAGCCAGAUGUGCCCUACAAGAACCCUGACAAUGUCGAGGGCAAGGGCACAGAACCAAGCAACAUCGUCAUCAGUUGGACGCCGAUGCCAGAAAUAGAACACAAUGCACCGAGGUUUCACUACAGGGUAUUCUGGCGACGUGACAUCGCUGGAGAACAAUGGACCUCAGAUGACAUCAUUGACUGGCGCAAGUCAGAGCUGGUGAUAGCCAAUCAGCCCACCUUCCAGCCGUACCGCAUCAAAGUGAUAGCCAUCAACGAGAAAGGAGAGAGCAACGUUGCUCCCACUGAAGUCAUUGGCUACUCAGGCGAGGACGUGCCGACGCAGGCUCCAAGCAACUUCACCUUGGUACAGGUGACUGCCUCCACCAGUGCCCUGCUCAGCUGGAACCCUGUGCCUGUGGAGACUGUCCGCGGACACUUCAAGGGGUACAAGGUCCAGACAUGGACAGACAGGGAAGGAGAGGCGAGUAUGCGGGAGAUCCACGUGAAGGGAGAUGCCACUCGAGCCCUGGUCAACCGGUUUGUUCCCCACACUAAGAACUACGCGCGAGUGCUUGUGUACAACUCUCGGUACAACGGACCACCCAGUGAGACGCUCAGCUUUGACACACCAGAGGGAGUUCCCGGAACUGUACAGUCACUAGAGGCUAUCCCCAUGGGGUCUUCAGCACUGUACUUGGUAUGGAAGAAGCCAGAGCAGGAGAACGGUGUGCUGACCGGCUAUAAGAUCUACUACCAGACGGUGAAGGGGACAAAAGUCGGUCCGUUGAUGGAACGAGAGCCCCACAUCAGUGAUCCUAACACAAUCAGAGCAAAGCUGGCAGGGCUGGAGCCGGGCACCAAGUACAGGAUACACAUCAAGGCCACUACCAACGCUGGGGAGGGCGAGGACUACUUCAUAGAACAGAGGACCCGAGGUUCACAGUCCGCACCUCCGGAUGUACCCACGUUCCGUCUGGAGCAGCUGGCCUUCCAAAACAACAAUGGAUACGGACAUGUUCGCGUCACCUGGACACCUAACUUGGAUGGUAAACCCGGCUCGCACUUCUACGUCAAGUACAAGCUGAAGGACGAGUCGCAGUACACAAUAUCAGAUAACGAGAUGGACGAGGACUGGCUCGUGGUGCGACCGCUGACGCCCGGACAGACGUACGACUUCAAGGUGGUGGCUGUGGAUGGGGAGUAUUCCACAGAAUCGGAAACUCAAGAACUUGAGAUCUUCGAAACUGAUGGUGAACUGCCCGCUUCAGACCCAGUGAUACGUCGGCGCGAGGACGUAGCAACGGCAGGCUGGUUCAUCGGGAUGAUGCUAGCCAUCGCGUUCCUGCUGCUUGUGCUGAUCCUGGUGUGCAUCGUAAAGCGCAAUCGCGGCGGCAAGUACGCGGUGCACGAACGCGAGGCAGCACAUGGCAGACACGACUACCCAGAUGAGAGUGGUUUCCACGAAUACUCUCAGCCAUUAGACAACAAGUCACACGGGAGAGGCUCCAUGAGCAGUGACCCCAAGGCAGCUCCAGAGAGUGACACAGACUCCAUGGCAGAGUACGGGGAGGGUGACACAGAAGGUAUGAACGAGGACGGCUCUUUCAUUGGCCUUUAUGGCAAGCAGAAAAAACAAGGCGAAACAUCGUCCGGAGGAUUUGCAACUCUCGUAUAAGCAAGGGCGGUUCACAGAAGACGGGUCUUUCAUCGGCCAGUACGGGCCCGGCAAUGCCAAGAAGAAAGAGGAGCCUCCGUCCACGUCGGCAAUCGCCACUUACGUCUAGUUCCCACGCUCCUCUCUCGUCUGACACGUCGUCGUGCACAGGGCUCUUACUCGUGUCGUCUCGUCUCAUCGCAUCGUCACAUCGGCUACCGUUGUGUUCAGUUUUUGUUGUUUUAUCGGUUGUGACUAUUCUGGGCUAGUAUGGCACAUUUUACCUUUGACCCCAACCUGUUUAAAUUUUCUCUAGAACAGGUUGAGUUUUUUUAUCUAUAAGAAAUCACAUUUUCUGUAUUUUCAAUCAAACAACUUUAAUAAUAACAAUAAACAUAAUUGACUGCUAUAAAUGCUCUGAUUUCAACUAAUAGAAAAAUAAAUUUUAUUUUAUUUAAACAACAAGACAAAUUGGUUCAUUUCAACGAUGAGAAGAAUGAAAAAUUUUCAUUUUUGCCCUAGCCCAGAUAGUGUGUAAUUAUGUUGUUGUAAAUCAAAUAUCACCGUUUAUAUAUUAUUUACGAAAGGAAACCUCUAAUAGUUAAUAAUUAGCGAUUAGUAAACUAGAAGAAGUAAUAUAACCUCUAUGUUAAUUUAUAGUUGUAGGUAGAAGAGCUGUGAAAGGCUACUUUGUGGUUUGUGUUUAAUUUACAAAUGUAGUGCAGUGUGAGCUGUGACGAGUUGAACUACUGUAGUAAGAGCUCUGCCUUAAACUAUUAGCAGUUGUAGCGUAGCGUUUUCCAUUCUCUGUUCAUACUUUCAAGGCUCACAAUUGCGUUUAUAUGUUCAUCAUUGGCACAAAACUGGCUCUUGGUUUUGUACAAAAUCUAUUUUUAAAAUAAUACAAUUUUUAUAUCACUUGUAAAAUAUUCAAUUUGUUUAGUUUUAGCACAAUAACAGUCUCUCGGAGAAGAGAAUGGAAUUUUUCUUUCUAAAUGUGUUGAUUUGAAGGUGGGAUAUGAUUAUUUCAAAAUCAAUUUUAAUAAAAUUUAUAUGAUGAUUUUUUGGAAGUUAAAGUAUUUUAUUCAAAAUGAUAACAUGUAAAUGUAUUAUAAAACACUCAUUGAUAUUUAUAAGAAAGCUUAUUAUUAGCAGUAGCUGCUUAGCACUAGCAAAAAUAUCACUGAUCUGACAAGUACUGUCAAUCAAAGAGAAUUUUUUAAACAAAUCAAAGUUAAAAAUCUAUACUUAGAUUGUUUUCGGUUCAAAAUUGUUUUAAAGCCUAAUUCGGUUUAAUGUUUGUGAUUUGAGUUGUGAUAUUAUUGUUUUAUACAAAAAGCGUUGUAGCCCAUCUUCAGAGAUACACAGUUUUUAUACGUACAUGGUAACGAACUGUUGACACUGUAGCGUAGCUCUGUUUCGUGUAUUACGACUGCUGUGAUGGACUUCUUAUUGAGUGCAGCUAUCUGUCAGGUUGUAGUGUAGUAAGUGUUAAGUGGAACUUUGGAAGCGCUUUUUGGCCAAAUUUCUGUGUGAAACUUUUCAACCGGUCCCGAAGGCGGGGAAGCAUUUCGGGACAGUUUGGUGCUUUCAUGAAAUUUUACUACACCCCUCGUUUCUGUGAAUUGUCAAAAGAACAACAUUGUCUGUCAAAUUGUAUAAAACUCUAUCCUAGCUUGGCUGGUCGCUGUACGCGCUGUUGUUGUGCGUGCGCGUGUGAGAGUGCGUGCGUGUGUGUUCGCGGACAGGGUACAUGGACUCGCUAUCUGCUUGUUUUAUAUACUUUUGCCAACCGUAUUGUUACAUUUGUUUUCCUUCUCGUGUUAUCUAGGCAUGGUUGUACAAUUUUUGUUGAACCGCUUCUUUAGUAUUGUCGGAGCAAUCGAAGAUUCUCAUCCCUUAUUCGUAAAAAGAUCUUUAUAAGAAAGUGUUUUUUAUAAUUUUGAAAUCAAUAGGCCAUUAAGAAGAACUAGAAAUACGUUAUAAAAAUGAAUUUGAAGUGGGACCAAUUUUAUUGGUAGCUACACAGUUAGUUUGUACGGAACAGGUAUUUGGUAUUUUUCCUAAAACUCACCAUAAAAAAUAAGGAAAUUUUGAAGUUUGAUUAAUAAAUCCUGUAGUUAUUUUUUACUAAACCCCUUAGAGCCCAUCCAUAACAUUUAAACUAAUUAUGUUGCAUUAUAUCAUUUUUAAUGCGAUUUUGAAGUGUUAAGUUUUUAAUUUAUUAAUCUGUGAUGUUUAGGGAAUAAUUUGAUUUCUCCCAAGUUGUGUGUUCAUUUAUUGCUUAGUCGUGAUAGUCUCUAGGCUGAGAAUCAGCUACUUACGUAACGAAAGCUUUAAUGAUUUCAUAGAGAAAUUGUAUAACCACGCCGUAACUGUUGGCCUCCUGUUUGUCUAUAGUGUUUACAUCUUUUAUUUAUUAUUAUUAGGAUUUAUUGAUAUUUAUAAUUAAAGCUUUUUAUAUGACAUUGAAUGUAUAUUUCCAUGUUGAUCUUAUAGCACAAGUGCCUUAGGUAAGGCAUAGAUGUUUGUGUGUGGCUUGUCGUCUUUGUCGUCAUUCUUGCACAACUCUAGUUUCUUGCACAAUUUUCAUUUGCGUAACGGUUUUAUAAAUUAGCAAAUACUUUCUAAGAAAGUGUAGAUACAUACGAUGGACUGCCUCUGCUUUUUUACUUAAUGCUCAUGUAUAAUUUGUGUACAUGAAAGAGUAUUUUUUCAAAUCGCAUCGUAGUGGAUUCGGGGUGUGGCUGACUUAUACAUUCCACAUCUACGUUUAGUUUUAAAAUUAGUUAUUGUGUUUUAUUUUUAUUUAUAUCAGAUGUCUAUUUUUUACUGAAUUUUAGAUUGUUUUCUCACUUAUUGUAAUUUAGUUUUUCUAAUUUAAUAUUUGUACUGUUGAUACAUUAAUUUGUAUAUCUUAUGGUUUACCAUAGCCAAAGUCGAAAUAAAUAAUCACAAUCAGAAA